CACGACUUUCGCAAUUGGUCGAAAAGAGCAGAUUUUCCAGCCAAGUUGCUUGCCUCCUUUCUUAAUCACUCCAUAAUAUCAUUUUCCCACUUUAUCACCCAUGAAAACACAUUCAUCUUCUAUAUAUACCACACAUACACAUACAUACAUAUACAAUACAGAGAGAGAGAGAGAGAGAGAGAGAGAGCAAUGGGGUUGGCAUUGGUGGGUGCAUUACUGCUAGUAGUGGCGGUUGCUGUAUUGAAGGUGGAUGCAAAAGUUGCGCAGAAAGGGUGUGAUAUAUUCGACGGCGAUUGGGUUUUGGACAGCUCCUAUCCUUACUACCAGUCUUCGCAGUGCCCUUUCAUCGAAGAGCAGUUCGAUUGCCGCCGCAAAGGCCGCCCCGACACCAACUACACCAACUACAAAUGGCAGCCCUCCGCCGCCGGCUGCCUUUUGCCCCGGUUGAAUGGUGUGGAAUUUUUGAGAAAAUUAAAGGGCAAACAGCUCAUGUUUGUUGGAGAUUAUCUAAGCCUCAAUCAGUGGCAAUCACUGACAUGCAUGCUUCAUGUAGCUGUACCUAAUGCUAAGUACACUUCCAAAACCCUACAAGGCCUCUCUACUUUCACAUUUCCGGAUUACGAUGUGUCGAUAAAGUUCUAUCGAAAUGCAUUCUUGGUAGAUAUAAAGAAUGAGAGAAGAGGAAGGGUGCUAAUGCUGGAUUCAAUAAGCUCUUCCCAAAUAUGGGGAGGAAUGGACUAUGUUAUUUUCGACUCUUGGCAUUGGUGGCUCCACGCUGGCAGGAAACAACCUUGGGAUUGGGUGGUGUACGGAAAUACGACGGUGAAAGACAUAGAUCGCAUGGUUGCAUAUGAGGAAGCACUGAAUACAUGGGCUAAGUGGAUCGAUGCAAAUAUUGAUCCAACUAAAACUCAAGUCUUUUUUCAGGGUGUUUCUCCUGAUCAUGACAGGUGCACGGGGCAUACAACACCAGUGAAAAGACCAGGAAGCCCUCAUCCAGCAGAGGCGGUGCUGGAGAAAGUUGUGAGAGGAAUGGGCAAAGAUGUCUAUUUACUAGACAUCACAAGACUGUCGCAGCUGAGAAUAGAUGGGCACCCAUCAGUUUAUGGGCAUGGAGGCCACAGGGAUUUGGACUGCACCCAUUGGUGUCUCAGUGGAGUUCCUGAUAUUUGGAAUGAAUUCUUAAAUGCAAUGAUCAAUUACCCCAUCAUCAAAUCCUCUUAAUUUCUCAACUGCAAUACUAUUAUUAUUAAAAUUGAAAUUAUUAUCAUGCAUAUUUGUUGCACCAAAAAAAAAUGCAUAUUUGUAUACUUUGUUUUGCAUAUAUAUUCAAUUUAUAGUAUAUUUGUAUACUUUGUUUUGCAUAUAUAUUCAAUUUAUAGUUGAGGAUUAAA